UCGAGUCAGCUGUUUUUAUUUUUGUAAAACGCAAUGAAUGCAACUCCAACAUAACCUCGCAAAGAAAGAUUCGUGUUUUCUACACGUUAUGAGUCGCAGUAUUGACAGUUACAAGAAACAUUAAGAAUGGAUAAAGUUUUAACGAGAUCGUUAAUGUCUUGUCGAGUUUUGAGCUGCAGAUCACUCUUUGGUUGCCAAUGUACACAGAUUGUAAACAAUAAUGCGAAACAACUCCACUAUAAAACCGAACGGUUUCAACCUCAAUUGUGCUCGGUAAAAAAUAAAAUUCCUGCUAUACAAAUACCAAGGCGUAGCAUGUUCAUACAAACCCAGGACACACCAAAUCCAAACAGCGUUAAAUUUUUACCUGGAGUUCCCGUUCUUGAGGAAGGUCAAACUAAAGAUUUUCCCAAUGCAACUGAUGCUUAUUGCUCUCCUCUCGCCAAAAUGCUUUUUCGCAUUGAAGGUGUCAAAUCCAUAUUUUUUGGACCCGAUUUCAUCACGGUUACCAAAAUUGAUGAAGAUGUUGAAUGGAAACUUUUGAAACCAGAAAUUUUUGCUACAGUGAUGGAUUUUUUUGCUAGUGGAUUACCUGUCAUGUCAGAAGAUCAACCAUCCUCCGAUACACAAAUAAAUGAAGAUGACGACGAGGUUGUUCAAAUGAUAAAGGAACUAUUGGACACGAGGAUUCGUCCCACAGUCCAAGAGGAUGGUGGUGACAUAGUAUACAUGGGCUUCGAGAAGGGUAUCGUUAAACUGAAGAUGCAAGGUUCCUGUACAAGUUGUCCGAGUUCUGUAGUGACUUUGAAAAAUGGAGUGCAAAAUAUGAUGCAAUUUUAUAUACCUGAAGUACUGGGUGUUGAACAAGUCGAGGAUGAAACAGAUAAAAUCACAAACAAAGAGUUUGAAAAGUUUGAACAGAAGAUCAAUGGUGGUGCGACCAUCGGCGAACAAAAGUGAAUUUUGUAACUACGGGUCGGACUAGCUCUCAAAUUGUACUAUAGUUAUGUAAUUAAGAUUUCGAUAUUGAAAAUAACUCUUUGUAUAGAAAUAAACUAGUGCAAAAACCA